GCUAAUGGCAGACCCAAGCUUCCUACCUUCGUCUUGAGACAAGACACAUGGAAUGUGGGGUGGAUCCUAAAAGAGGGUGGUAGCUUGAGACGAUAAGCAACCUGCCCAAUUUUCUUCACUUGAAAUGUCCCAAAAUACGGAGGAGCAAGCUUCAUAUUUCGGCAUUGUGCAACAGACUUUUGUCUGAAUGGCUGCAGUCUCAGUUUAUGAUAUUACAACAAUGAUGACAUCUAUAACUCGAGGACGAAGGGGACUACUCUAUCCCCGACAUCGACUUCGACCCCGGCGUCUACUGAUAGUAUCAAGCCCUAUUGAUGAAGCUCCAACUGCACUACCUCUGACAAGGUGCCUAAUAGAUGAGGCUGAGGAUCCCUAAGCUGAUGAGUCACCUCAAGCAGUACCUGAAGUGGGCCAACAAGAGUCGAACGAUGUACAAAAUGACGAAAAUCAGGGGGAUAUAAUCACAGUUACACCCAUAAAAAAAGGAGGUCGAGGGACUGUGAAUGGUACAACAUUUGAAAAGUUACGUAAGUUGGAUAGAUUUUGUGUUGGAUUGGACGAAAGAAAACCACCGUCAAGCUGUGGUAACGGCUCUCGCUGAUAAAUACAAUGCAUACCACUACAAAUUGCACAAGCACUACCUUAAAUAUGCAUCACAUGAGGAGGCACUAUCCGAUGGGAUGUCCCUGGUAGAGAAAGGGAAUGGUUAUGUGAAAGCUAGCCCAUUCAAGGAGCAGUCUCAAAGAAAUAUUACUAAUAGGAAAAGACAAAAAGUGAAACAUACCGGUGGGGGAAAAUCAUUUGUUAGAAUUAUGGAAGAGAAUAGAUACACCAAGAUGCAUGUAGGUAGCUGUUUUCGGCAAGGGUUCCAGCAAGGAGAAAAGCAGCUUGAUGGAACUACACUAUGUGGUACCAGAUGGAGAGAAUUGACAACCACCAACAGAAGUAAUUGGAUAGGAUCUCUAUCAGCCCUCUCAUGUGUGGAUGAAGAGGAUAUUUGGUGGUCAUCUGGGCAGAUCAAAAGUUGCUGAAGUACAUCACAAAUUCAAUAAAGUUGUGUUUAAUUUGGAGUCAAGUUGUAGUAUCAUAUAUGCAUAUUGAUGACCUUCUUGUCAUUCCCACUCAACAAACAUUAAUCAUGUAUUUCCAUGGCCUUAAU